AUGUAUCAUUUCCGAACUUCAGCUACCCUCUGGCAAUUGCCACGACUCUUGUCAUACUCUAUCCCGCGGCGUAACUUGACGUCCGCCCCUAGUAGGUUUAACAGCCAUGUAGAGCCAGACUCUCACGACAAAUUGGAACCUGUUGCCCCAAGAAUCGACCAUCCACUGCCUAUACCAAAAGAAUCCAGCAAUUCCAAGGGCGAUGUGCAAAAUUCUACUCCUGACGUGGUUAGAAGAAAAGCCCGUGCGGAUGGCAUCCUAAAAGUGGGCAAAAAAGACUCGAUCUGGGCUGGAAAAGAGGAAUUGUACUUGCAUAUGGACAAAAGCAAAACGAUCAAACUGCCAUAUACUUACCUGCGCGAUUCAUGCCAGUGUGUAGUGUGCAAGGAUCAACACUCGAAGCAGCGCUCGUUCCGCACAAGUGACAUCCCCAAGGACAUUGCCCCAAGCUGGGUUAAUUGGGAUGGAAAAAAGCUUUCAAUUAGGUGGGCUAACGACAUUGGGGGGUCUGAGACUGCGCAUGAAUCAACCUGGGAUCGUGAUUUUCUAAAAAGCCCCAUUUUCAACACUCAUCGUCAGCAUUGGAGCGCGAACUGCAACCCAAUCCUGUGGGGACGGGCUCAAAUGGACAAAAGGCAACAUUGGGUGUCUUACCCGGACUAUGUCGACGAUAAUUCCAAAUUUGCCACAGCAAUGCAACAGUUACAGCGUCUGGGCCUUAUUUUUGUAAAGGGAGUUCCAGACUCACGAUCGAUGGUUGAAGCUAUUGCAACCCGCAUGGGACCACUACGAAACACCUUUUACGGAUCAACAUUCGACGUGCGCACUGUUCCACAGGCAACAAAUGUCGCAUAUACGAACCAGUUCCUUGGGUUUCACAUGGAUUUGAUGUAUAUGAACGAGCCACCGGGAUACCAGCUCCUCCACUGCCUGGAGAACUCGUGUUCGGGGGCGAAAGAGUAUAAAGUGCUUCGCGAGCAGCGGCUGGGAUACGAGCGAGCUGCGCCAUGUCAAUUAUUCACCCCCUUUCAAUCUCCCAUCCCACCACGCGAUGGGAAAGGCCAUGAUGCUGCGCCUGUGAACAAGCUACGAGACGCCCUGGCGAAGUUCACUUCAAUGAUUGAUAAUCAAAAGCACAUCUUUGAGCUCAAGCUCAACCCAGGUGAUUGCGUCAUCUUUGAUAACAGGCGAAUCGUUCAUGCCCGCCGCCAAUUUAAUGCCAGCGUGGGAUCUCGCUGGUUAGCAGGCGCAUAUGUCGAUACGGAUGCUCUGCUAUCCCGCUUUGCUGUCUGUAAGCAUCAGCAUCCAUAUGUUUGGACGAAAAAGGCCGAGAGGGACCUGGCGGCCAACAACGGAGACAAUAACUAG